UUUGCCGUUCGCCAGGAACCAUCACCAUGAGAUCGACCCUGGUUAGUGUACACCCUGCAAUAUUACUUGGGUUCUUCUUCGUCGUCUCCACGCUUGGAGAGCCAAUUCGAACUAAGAAAGAGGCGCCACUUCCACAGUAUGGAGCACCAUCCGAACAGUACGGAGCACCGUCCUUGCCCAGCACGGGAUACGGUGUCCCCGACGUAGGAUUAUCCGAUUCCUACGGUCCCCCGGGUGACACCUACGGUACGCCAGCUGGCGGUGGUUUCGACCUUUCACAGUCCUUGUCAGCCCCGUCCUCCAGCUAUGGGGCUCCCGAAGCGUCGCACGGAUCGCUUUCUCAGUCUUACGGAGCACCAUCUGACUCUUAUGGGGCACCAGCUCCAUCCUAUGGUGCGCCAGUGCACGACCACCAUCACCAUGAGCCUGAAGGACGAUGGGAGAAGAAGCUGAAGUGGAAAGAAGAGUGGAAACAAGUAUGGAAGACGCAGUCCAAGAUGAUCUGGAAGCAGGAGUGGAAGAAGGUUCAGGUACCGGCCUGGAAAGAGGUUCAGGUUCCAAUAUGGAAGGAGGAACAGGUCGCGGCUUGGAAAAAGGUGCAGAAACCAGUUUGGAAAGAGAUCCAAGUACCGGCGUGGAAGGAGAUCAAAGUACCAGCGUGGAAGAAAAUCUGGGUACCGGUAUGGAAAGAGGUUCAGGUCCCCGUGUGGAAGGAGGUCCAAGUGCCAGACUGGAAGAAGGUCUGGGUACCGGAGUGGGUGAAAGUCGGUAUUCCCGGAGAGCAAUUCGUCGGUCAGGAUCAUCACGGUUGGCAAUACACCAGCCACGAUCUGUGGAAGAAGAAAUUGAUCUGGAAGCCGGUUUGGAAGAAGGUCUGGAAAACUGAGAAAAAGCAAGCCUGGGCAUCAGAGAAGAAAAUGGAGUGGAAGGCUCAGUGGAAACAGAUAUGGAAAACGGAAAAGAAGCAGAUAUGGGUGACUGACAAGAAACUUAUAUGGAAAGAGGAAUCCGUUCAGGUCUGGGUACCCAAAAAGAAACAAGUUUGGGUCACCGAGAAAAAACAGAUAUGGAAGGACGAAUGGAAGAGCAGGUGGGUUCCGGCGUGGAAGGAGAUUCAGGUCCCCGAAUGGAAGAAAGUGUGGAAACCAGUAUGGGAGAAGGUCUGGGUACAAAACGAGCACCACGAGCACCAUGAACAUCACGAAGAACACCAUGGUUACAAAUAAAUGGAUGGAGGAAGAAUUACCUGAGGAUGUAAAAUAUAUGUUUUAUAUCAUUUUAUUUUAGGAUUAGGUUACAUACAUUGCGUUACUCACUCAGAACUCACGUUGCACCAACAACGGGCAGAAAAGAAAUAAAAGGAAGGAAGAAAAAGAAAAAAAAAAGAAAGAAAGUCAAAGGAUUACAUCAAAUUUCCGGCUGGUGACCAUUGCCAUGAAGGAAAGUUGCCUUUCAUCGUAGCAGCUUUUAUUGUACAGAAGAUCCGUCUUAAUAUAACGUGAAUAAUCAGCUCGACAACCAUUGAAUAAAGAAUUUUUUAUCAUAGGUAUAGUAACACAGUACCUAAUUUACUUGUAUGUAUAUGAAAAACAUUGUAAAUAAUGGUUUUGAACCAACAUUUUUUUUUUUUUUUUGUAAUAAUCAAUACACAUUAAUUGUUAUUUUUGUACG